CACAAACCUCCCCAACUUUACCUCAACAACACAACUUACAACAUGGCCGACCAACCUUCUCCUAACAUUUGCUGCGUUUCUCUGGGCAUGGUCAUUAUCGACAACAUUCACAUGCCCAACAAACCCGCUCUAUACGACGUGCUUGGCGGCUCCGCGACAUUUGUGACACUGGGUCAACGCCUUUUCGCUUCCGAGCUUUCUGAAGUGGGGUGUCUGCUCGUUGCUGGUGAAGAUUUUCCCCAAACAGUCAAAGAGGAGAUUCAAAAUUGGGGCACGACGCUGGUACUGAAAGAGCGGACCAAUGCGCGCUCUACGAGGGGAAAGUUGGAGUAUGAAGACGAUACGUUCGGGCCAAAGAAGUUUGAGUACACCGCAGGGCCGCUCAAAGCUUCCCCAUCAGAUCUCGUCAAGACGCCGUUACUUCACGCUAAGGCUCUCCAUCUAUUCGGUACACCCCAGGAGAUACUAAGCCAAGUGCCUGAGCUACUUCAGCUUCGGGAGAAAGGAGGUAUCACCGAACGUCCGCUCAUUGUUUGGGAGCCGCUCCCAGCAGCUUGCACUACGCCAAAUGCUCAGUCAUUUCUUGAAGCCGUUAAGCUCGUCGACGUCUUCUCACCUAAUCACAUCGAGAUUGAGGGCAUAUUUACUGAACGGGCGUACGAAAAGAUCGACACGAAUAGGUUGGAGUCAUACGGUCAAGCCUUAUUGGACUCAUCUAUAGGACCCAACGGCGAUGGAGCCGUCAUCAUUCGAGCAGGCGAAGACGGCGCCUUAUCGAUGAGCAGAACAUCAAGACCGACUUGGUUCCCAGCCUACUACGAAAAAGACUCUCCGGAAGUGGUGGACCCUACCGGAGCGGGAAAUGCCUUCCUUGGGGGCUAUAUCGCGGGCUGGCAGCAGACGUGCGAUAUUCACAAAGCGAUGUGGUAUGGCCAUGUCGCAGCAAGCUUUGCUUUAGAACAGAUCGGACUGCCAAGGCAUGACAGUAAGAAUGGAGAAGCACUGUGGAAUGGUGUUACUGUUGCGGACAGGUUGGAAGAGUACAGGAAACGAGUGAGGGAUACGAAGGUCCUGUCGGACGCCGUGGUCUAGUCUAGAAGUGGAGCUGGGUUCCGGUGCCCAGAGAAUACCGCAUGUAACAUACCAGUUUGCUCGCGGAUACUUGCAGAUGCCUCCAUCCGAAGGGAC